GUGUCGUAAACUGCCCUGCGAGCGCUGCUCCUGACGUCGAUUUGUGGGCGGUUAGCUCAGUGACCGCAGGUACUGAACCUCAGAGGUACGUGGACAGCGUCGAUUCUCUGUUAGCCUCAGCCCCGGCACGAUGGCAGGUACCUUGGCCCGGAAAGCCGUGGACCACCUGAAGAGCAAGGAGUUCAGGGACUACCUUAUGAGCACACACUUCUGGGGUCCUGUGGCCAACUGGGGUCUUCCUAUUGCAGCCAUCAGUGACAUGAAAAAAAGCCCAGAGAUUAUCAGUGGGAGGAUGACCUUUGCGCUGACCUGCUACUCACUGCUGUUCAUGAGGUUUGCGUACAAGGUCCAGCCAAGGAACUGGCUUCUUUUUGCCUGCCACAUCACAAAUGAGACUGCACAGCUCAUCCAGGGUGGAAGGCUCAUCAAAUACAAGUAUGUUGGUUCUGCUCCCCCAUUCAAAGUGGGCGAAUAAAAGGAUGACAGUAAGACAGAUGUGACAUUUUACAUGUGUAGAGAUGGAGGGGAACACCUGUUGUAAAUUGUUCUACGUGAUAUUUCAAAAUGGAUUGGAUGAGUAAAUAAAGUAACUAUCACUCAAGGGAUGCUAGUUUCAUCCAAUAAAUAUGUUAGAAAAUUAGUAGAUUUCAGAAUGUAAGGCAGAGCCAAGUCCUGAACUCACAAACAGAUGAAGAAAUUGAUGUUGGUAUUUCCAACCACGUUUAUCAAGAAUUUGGUGAAAAUGUAACACUCACCAAAAAAAUUUGCUCAGUUCCACACCGGCAAACACUUGCACAGCCAAGUAAUCAACCACUGUUAACAUGGAUCAUCACUGAAGGGCCAAUGAGUGAAACUCGACUUGCACGUGCAUGGCUUUCGAUGUAAGGGAGGGUAAACAGGAUUACUGUUGCAUUCUGCAUGUGUGGGCUGUGGAAAGAAACCAUUUGUACUUGACAUGUAAAUUCUGUACAGUCAGAUUCGAGCCUAGAUCCAAAACCACAGUCCAUUAGCUGUGAGGUAUCAAAGCUACAUGUUGCAUCACUGCAUUAAAAGAAAAUUAGCUAAAUGUAACAGAUUUAUAAAAUCAGGGUUUUUAGAUGGCUUACUGUCAGUUUAGAUGUGUGGUUGGGUUUUUAAUAGGAAUGGAUAUUGCUUAAAUCACGGUGAAAAUCCCGUUUCCGUGUCGUAAUGUUUCCAUUUUCUUUUUUUUUUGACGUUUUAGCUUUAUGGUGUAUGGCACGUGACUUGUUUUCAUGUUGUUAUAAGGUAUAAUUACAGUAGGUUCUCCUUGAGACACCUCUGCAUUCUCCAGCUAUCUCCUGUUUCUUUGUUUAGAAGCGUGGGCCUCCUGAUUGAGCCUAUCUGCAGAAAAUGCACUUUUGUAUGGCACUACUGACAGUGUCUUUAUUAAUCAGCAGACUGCGUGAUUGUGAUGCAUUACACCUAUUCAAAUUGUCUUAUGGAUAUUGCUCCGAAUCCUGGGCUUUAUUACAUAGUUGCAUCUAUAAAAUAGAAGAAUGUUGCUUGCCAACUUCCUUCUGUGGCUCUUUUACAAUAAGUUUUUAGUUUACUGGCUCUUGUUUUUUUUGGGGGGGAGGGAUUUGGCUGCUGUGAGUAAACGUCGAAGAGAGAUCUUUGUGGCAUGAAAUACGUAUUACAUGUAUUCAUUUAGCCGACAUUUUUCUCUAAUGCAGGACACUAAGCUUUUCACAGUGAU